ACAGCUAACCACCAUGAUGCGAUUUCAUGAACUCUAAUUCUUACGAUUCCUCCCAUAGACUGGGUUUAUCAAUAUAAUUUGUUUCUUUUGUCUUUAAUUCUGCGCCGCGAUGGCCAUAUCGGAUGCCGUCCAGACCUUGUCGGCGGCGUUCUCUUUCGGUAUCCUCCUUCAAGCUGCGACUGGCGCUCUGUUCAUAUACUAUCGAGGUCAUGGAUCAUCUAUUUUUCAGGACGGCCGGAGGCUGGUCCUCGUGCUGUUCUUGUUAUUUGCAGCCCUGUGGGCGCAAAUAGACUUUGUAAACCUUCUUUUGCCAGCGACGAUGGCAACGGGAUGUCAGGCGACACUCAUCAUCACGACGAUGUUCGACCAACUGGCGAGAGUGGGCAUGGAGCAGUUUUUGUUGUGGUCAGUGGGACAUGGGACACGAUUGACGGCCGAACGAUUGAUAUUGCAGGGAGUCCUGCUGGCAAGAUUGGUGGCAGGUGGAUUGUUGGUUGGAUUCACAAGGCCUCAGUUUGAACCGGUUUGCGUGGCUGAAACUUCAGUCCUUCCGAUCGCGAUCAUUGUUCUCGCCCUUGAUGCGAUAAUCGUUGGUGUCUUGUUGGUUCGAGCUGCGUCAUUGGGCAUGUUCCAAGAUAUGAGUGGAAAGUCUGGGUCUGAGCAAAGUAAAGCUCUAGUGCUGAGCAUCUUUGGAUUUGGCUUUUGGACUGCAAUGAGUGUACCUUUGAUUCUAGGUAUUCCAACGAUUAUACUCAUUCUCAGGACUGUUUUGCCUGCGAAUGGCCUUCUUGUUCUUGUUGGCAUCGUCACCAUGUUUCCACAUGCACUACUCUCAGACCGCGAACAGAUAACUACACCAGAAGCUCGCUCUCCAUUCGUGACACCGAUGCCACCCUCUCGACAGAUCUUCCAGGAGAAUGUCAACAACGACGGCUCUCCUAUCUCAAACCACAACUACACCAAAUCGGGCUCACUGUUUGUGGUCAACCCCUCCGCUACUCCGCGUGACUCGCCGCGUGGUCCAUUUGCCAAUAGUCCUCGAAGCGAUACUCGAGGUUUUACGAAAAUGAGCGAGGAGGUCACAGUUCGAGAAAUUGGUGGUAGAGAUGCUCCCGAGCGACCAAACCGACCAGAGCGAAAUGCACCAGGCUAUCGAGGCUCAAGCGGUGUGUUCCCUUCAAUGGCGAAUGCAGCAACAGUAUCCGCUCUUGCUCCCCAAAUUCGACCAAACAUUACUGUGAACACCAAAGUCAUCUCUGGACCCAUGAACUUGGGACCUUCUCCAGCUCAACAAAAACGAGGCUUGUUCAAUUUCAACAAGACGCCAACUAAACCCAGUGUCAGAUCACUAGGUAUCUCUCAACCCGUAACUUUAGACACAGAGAGUGGAGCUCAGCCAUUCGCAAGGAUGCAGACUAUCGACCUUGCUACAGCUGCUUUGAACGAGCGGGAGCGAAGGGAAGGUGCCACGGCAAGGGCGAAGCUUAUUGCAAAUCGUCCAGCUCCUCAACCACCAACCAUGUCUUCUCAGGAAGCCUUGAGGAAGAGCAUCAGCGUGAAGCGAAAAGAAAUGCCAAUGCGAGUCUCAGAAGCCAUGCCAACAAUUCCCGGAUCAGUAUCUUCUUCGAUGGAAGCUAGCGGCAGUAGUACUUCUGCCUCGCUCUCACCUGGGCGGGACGACAUACGACGACGUUCCCCGAGACAGACCAACAACUUUGAGAAGGUGCCUGUUAUUGAUGCAAAGACUGGAAAGCCUGUCCAACUUCAGCGAAAGAAUACUCUAGGUGGACUACCUUCCAACCCUAGAGCAACAAGAUUAAUGAAUCCUGCUCCUGAGCCACCAAAGAUGACUAUUCCACAGCAAACAGUUAUGUUCAUGAACGAUAUUGUCUACGACAACCCUAGCGUUGUAAAGACUAUUAUUCGGGAUGCGCCGAGCAUGUAUGCAAAGCGGCCGAAGACAGCGACAGAGAAAAAAGGGUCUUUCGACUCGACUAGCUCUCUGCAUUCGGCUGGAUCAAUCAUCCAUCGCCCAAGACCAUACAAGCGUGACCAGUCCAAGGAUCGAGCAAUCUUCCCUAGCGAGCCAAGUCCUGGACACAGAAGGAGCAGAUCUGGAUCCGGCAUCACACCUUCCCGGAAGAGCAUGUUCUUGUCCAAUCCUGGGAGCCCUUCAAUGCUACCUCCCUUACCUCCACCACCAACCACUGCUGCAGAUCUGAAGAGACUAUUGCCAAAUGACACAAAGAGCAUGACAUUCGACGAGAAGAUCGAAUUACUUUUCCCCGCACCACCAGGCGGAGCUACAACUCGGCAACGGCGCUCAUCAGUCCCGUCUCUCCCCCGUGUUCCCUCAGUGUUCAUGUCCGACUCGCCUCAAGCACAAUCUCCUACCGAAGAAGAAGCCGCUGCUCGUAGAGCCUCAAAACGUACCACCAUCGCUGAAUUCCUCGUCGACACCGUACCGCCAACCAUCCCGAACAAAUCCGCCAAGCGACAAUCCGUCAAAUUAGCAGAGUCAGAACGGCAAGCUUACCGCUUCAGCGCAAAUACAUAUAGAACAAUAGCUGAUGAGGUGGGCGAGACCUGGAUCCCCGGCAUCCCGGCUCAGGACGUGGAGCCAAGAAACGCUUUGCUAGGAGUGCCGCAACGACAAUCUGUUCUUGAUGAUAUGAGGAAAUCUCACUUUACCGUCACAACAAAUGCUGAUUCAGAGGAUGAUGCGACUACCUAUUGGGGUUCGGUCCAUGAUGAUGUUCCUGCUGUCAAUAUUUCGAGUGCGAGAUCAACAUUCAUCAAGCCUUUUGAUAGCAAGAAAUCUAGCACUGUUCCUUCUAUCCGAACUAUUGAUAGCGAGGAUGCAAUAGACGGAGAGGAGAUCAUGACUGUUAUGCUUGAGUCUGAAGAAAACAGACAAUCAUUCUUAGUCGACAAUGUAGCGGACAACAACAGACGAUCGUUCUUCUUGGAUGCUGGCGAAGCCUUACCAGGUGAUAAGACCCCAUCUUCCAUCAAUGAGAGAGGAUGGCAUAAGAGGAUUGGAGAUGAGUUGCCUACUUUCUCUGAGCGGAAGGAGAUGAGGAAGUCAAGAAAGAUGCCUCCACCAACUCCCUUAUUGCUGAACAGAAAUGGAAGACAAGCAACAGUUGUAGUGAGGCCUGCUGAGCCAUCACCUCCUGCUGACUCGCCCGAGCGGGCUAUUGCAGAGAUCCAAGCUCAACUAAAGCGCUUCGAAGAGCCGGGUCGUGGAUCAGUCGGUUCCUUAAUACGUGGUCUACCUGGCGGAAAUGAAAGCGGUACUACCAUGGGAACCGAUCGACUGCGUCUCCUUGAGAAUCUAGAAUUGGAGAUGGGUCAACAGGAGAACCACUGGCAACAGAUGCAAAACAAUCUCGAUCGGGAUUCUAUUGCAAGCACCUCUCAACUUAUUUCUCCUCAACCAGAGACAGUCUCAGAGUCGACUAUGUCGCGUGAGUCCUCUCAAAGGUCAUCUCGCACCCCAUCUAGAGUUCUAUCUCGACGUGCUCGCAUCAGAAGCAGCAUGACGGACCGCUCUAAGGGUCAGAUGUCGAGCCGCACCACAUCAACUGAGAGCUCUGACAACUCGAGAGCCAGUGUCUGGCAGCAACGUCUUGCUGAGGCUCAGAAUGAGUACAUGGAGAAUGCACCUCAAUUACUGAGAAAGAAGAGUCUAAACUUCCUCUCGGUCUCCAAGUCACAUCAACUAGGCAGCCCAACCCCACCUGACUCCGGCGAAUCAGAGACAGAUAUGGAGACGGAUGCAGGAACGGAAUCCGAGUCUGAGCUGGAAGCCGCGAGAUACCAAGAACUUCUCCAAGCUCCUCGCAAGGAUCCUGCAACUCUAUGGCAACAACCAUUACCUACACCAAAGGCGGCGGUUGGUCGGAUGUGGAACCCACCCUUCGAGUCCGUUCAAGUUAGAGCGGCUUCACCGGAACCUCCAGCGAUGAACGUUAGACCUGUUCAACGUCGCACUCAAUCUGCACUACCUAUCUCCAGCACUGAUCUCUGGUCUAAGCCAAAGACAGCUGCAAACAAGCGUCCUGUUGUAGCACUGUGGGGCUCGAAGUUCGUCCGACCUGUAAGCAUUGUGACUCGCCGUGUGACACAACGACCGCAACGCAAAUCAAAGCGCGUAACAUUCCUCCCAGAUAUUGUCGAGAGCCCCGUCCCUCUUCCAAACAAGAGAGACACUCUUGGAAUCUUCCAAUUUCCAUGGGGAGAAAAGUCUGAUCAACCUGUAUACCAACCUGCCUUCAACCCUGCUCUUCUCGCUGGUCCUGCUCUGAACGCAAAUCUCGAAGCUAGAGCCCGGCAAUUGGAGAACUCUGAGCAAUCAGAAUACUCGUCUUCAUUCUUUGAUGAUUACGACGAGGACCAAGAUGAGAUGGACCCUGAGAGUGAUGACGACUUUGAUGAAACCACACUGUGGGAGAUCGCAAACUUGUUGAACUCGAAAGAUGUUCCAUCGAAGCAGAGUCUCCUACCGCCUGCACGUGGUCAGGCUAUUGCAGAGGAGUUUGAUGAGUCUGAUGAUGAGGACAGUGCUAUCCCACCUCCCGUGAUGAACCUACCCAUUCGACCACUUGCCAUGAACGAACGAACAGAGUCUCAACUCUGGGCCAGUCAAGCCGAAUCUGCAAUCCCCAAUAUCAGCACUGGUUUACCACAACCUGAGCCUAGUGUUUGGAGUGCGAUGGUUCUAGCUUCUGAUGAUGCCGUCCGAUCAAAGGCCCGCUCCUCUGAUGCUUUGCCAGUCCUUUCCAGCAGAGAAUUGUGGGCUUCAAAUGAGUCCGAGAAGUCGUCACCCGUAGAGUCGAGCAUGUGGCAAGCAAGCAAGGACAUUUCUAGUCCACCAUCAAGUGCUAUGUGGUCACCACAGCCAGAAUCCACUCCAACUCGCGAGUCUGGUCUUUUCACUCCCGUCGAGGGCUUGGUAAUUCGAACCACGGACGCAACACCAGCUGCUAUCCAGAUGGCCAAGACUCCCCGCCCAGCUGCUGUCCUUGCACCAAGCAUCUCUUCACGAAACCUGUGGACUCGUCUUCAGAACAUGGAAGAAGCCACUGAAUGGUUGUCGAAGUCAAGUGCUGCUCGCUCUCCCCGUGCGCAGGUGAUGUGGGCACCCACUUCUAAGAUCGUGGAGGCGCAAAAAAUUGGUCUUUUUGAUGCCACCUUACCAAGAGUAGUUUUCCGAACAACCACUUCUGCCCCAGCUGCGAUCAACAUGAUCUGCAAACCACGUACGACCAGAGUACCGCUCAGUCAGUUGACAUCAACCAAGCUGUGGAGUGGAUGUAACAAGUUGCCCCUUGAGCGUGAUUGGAUUUCCGAGUCUUCAAUUCGACCUGAAAGUCCCUCAAUCUACUCAGCAAGCUCUUCUGGUAACUCUUCCCCAGCCUCUGACUCUUCCUCUGUCAAAUCGACUAGCACCAAAGCCUCAUCGCUUUGGGGCUCAGUCUCAGCACUGGCGAUUCCAACAUGGUGGGAAGGCAAGAGCAAGAAGCCAGCAGACUCUUCACCCGUGGAUGACUCGAAACCCGCAUCAAAGAUUCCAGUUCGUCAAAACACCCCUCUAGCCCCAGUCCGAGAGUCUCGAGUUCUUGCAUCUCGUGAUAUGUGGGAAGCAAAGACCCCUGUGUUGGAGAAGACACCAUCUCGAAGAUUCCGAAGAGGCACUGUAGCUCAGGAUUCAGCUCCUGUACCACACAGAGCCCUUCGCCACCAAUACAGACCUAUUGUCGCAUUCCGUGCCAAUUGGGAUGAAGCUCUAGCUGAAGCCAUUGCUGCUGGAACACCAAAGAGAUCUUUGCCACGUCCAAUUGCAAGGAAGGCCGAUUGGACGUCCGCACUCAAUGAAGCUAUCACUUCUUCAAAGCCCAGACUUCAACGUCCUCAAUGCUCGCGAGCUAUGUGGGCGGAUGCUCUUGCCGAAGCUGUUUCCAAGAGCAGGAUCCCAAGACCAGUGAAGGUUCAACGAUAUGAUCCAGCUGUGUUGCACCCCGUCUUCUUCACCAAGUCUCUCGCAACAAGCGCUAAGGAUAUCCACCCUGCUGCGAUUGGACACGCCUCUCCAAAAUACGAUCCUGCUGUCAUGCACCCUGUUUUCUUUACCAAGUCUCUCAUUACCGAUAUCAAGGACGUUCAUCCAGCUGCGAUCGGACACGUUACAAAGAAGUACGAUCCAUCGGUUUUACAUCCAGUCUUCUUCACUGAAUCGCUCGUCUCCACCACAUAUGAUGUCCAUCCCGCUGCGAUUGGUCACAUUUCUAAGGUGAUACGACCAAGCAUGUGGACUUCAUCUCCAGUCACUGCAGCAUCCAAGUCAGGCUCGAUGUGGUCGAAAGAGAGUUCAGUACCCCGCAAGGCAGCACUAGAGGCAAGCAUCAUCGCUGAGCCUGUACGAAAGGUUACUGUUGCACGAGUAGUGGAACUUCCAAUCCUUGAAUCCAAGACUUUCUGGCAGCCGGCCAAUACUGUUACCGUCGAGCGAAAUUGGAUGUUAUCAACUCCAGUUCAGUCUCCAAAGACAUGGACUCCACGCAGCGAUUCAUCCUCACAAGGCAGUGAUAUUAGCAUGUGGUCAGCUAAGGCCACCUCAUCUCCAUCCUCGCCAGAUAUGUUCACAGACAUGGAUGCUGGACCUGUUCGAAAGGCUACUGCACAAAAAGGACUUGAUCUACCUGUCCUGGAAUCCAAGACGUUUUGGCAACCAACCAGAUCCGAUUCUACUGAACGAAACUGGAUUCAAUCAGCCGUCGUGGUAUCUUCCAAGACAUGGACUCCACGCAGCCAAUCACCUCGAUUGCAAGUGAAGGAUAGCAAUAGUAUGUGGGCUGCUAACACCACUUCUUCUUCAACGUUGCCUGAUAUGUUCGCCAACAUGAAAGGUGGCCUCGUCAAGAAAGCUUCUCCUUCCCGACCAUCGGCUCUUCCACGCCUGAACUCAAACGAGCUUUUCGGAACAGGUUCAGGGAGCGCUGAGCGCAACAUUCACUGGCUCCACAACACCUCCACAUUGCCGUCUCGCGCCCUUACCUGGACCGCACCUUCAACGUGCCAAGCAACGUUGCCAGAGAGCAGCAUGUGGGAAGCCCGCCCUCACAUCAACCUUCCCUCUGCAACAUUGUUUGAAAAUGCACACAGUCAACCUUGGAACUCCAAAAAACGCGAGGAGACGUCAUUGAGCCAACUGGAGAGCACAGAUAUGUGGCGCCCAAAUAUGUUUAUUCCAACCUCACCGCGCAAUUGGCUGGUGAAGAGGAGAUUCUCGAAGGUAGAAUUCCGUUAUUGAGAAAUAGGUCUAGCAUAAUCAUGUGCUCUGUAAAUAGUAGAUAGGUACAUCCUUCCGUUCGUUUAGGGUAGUUUUUGCGUUAUUAGG